AAAAAAAUCUUUACCUUAAAAUUUACUGUUUUUGUUUGAUUCUUGUAGGAUAGCAGACGAGCACCUACCACUAGCGGGUGAUCCAGAAUCAGUUUAUCGCAUAACAAAAGUCACAAAUGCUCAGGACCCUCAUACCUGUAAGGAUUUUCCAAAACAAACAACUCCUAGAAGUGAAAUGCCUGAUGAUAAUCUUUGUAAAAGCCCUGGACAAGUCCAUGAGCAGUGCAUGCGGGUGCAAGAUUUUCCAGUUCCUCUUGCCACCAAAAUUUAUUACUCUCAAAGAAACAACCGUCUUAAGUCUGCACUUACUCAUCUCUAUCAUGAGGCAUCAAGUAAGGAACAGGGCAAAGAUGUGGUGAUCCCGCAAGCUCCGUGUCAAAGCAUAGUGUCGUUACAGACUUUACCUCAAGGGGGCUCUUCACAAGAACAAGUGGGUGGCAUGCUCAACAAGAAGCUGGAGUCCUCUGUGCAGACACCUGAUCAAAUUCUUGCACAAAAUUCAGAAGUAUUAUUGGGUAAGUCAGGAGGAUGCCUGCCAGCCACCAACUUCUCCAAUCAGUUUCAAGUUGAUAAUGUUAUAAGGUCUCAGAACACUUCUGUUGGGUUGGCAAGAAGUAAAUAUCUCUCGAAGGCUUAUCCUUUUGCAGGCAACUCAGGAAAAUUGCUGGGAAACAUGCAGCAACCUAAUGGUAGUGUACCUGUUGUAUAGAAGUCCUGGUAGGAUAUUUUUUGCUUGGCAAAGGUGUAAGUAGCCCAAUAUAUGAGAUUAGGAUCCAUUUUUGAAAUCAAGAAAGCAAAUCAUUACAAAUGUUUAUGCUUAUUUUCUACGUUAUACUCGACAUCUUUCAUCUGUUUAUAUUCAAGGGAAAUAAAGAAAAGUAUCUUUUAAUCA